AUGGUCAAACAAUGCUAUCUAUUCAUCACCUUAUUAGUGAUUGUCCAUAGUCUGAAUUAUGGAACUAUUCUGAUUUAAAAUGAUGGAAGAGGACAAAUUCAAUCAAAAGUAAUUCAUAUGAUAAAUCUAAGGAAAUUCUAUUCUCAAAACCAUUCUAACACAUACCAUAAGUUGCUAUAGCACUUCUUAAUGGUCAUGGAGACAUAUUUGCAGAAAUUCAUGAGGUUAAUCAAGAAGGUAUUUAAUUAUCUAUUUCAAUUAAGGAUUCACAUUACAAAUGAUGGCAUCUGAAGAGAUUGAAGCAGAAUAUGCCUAUUUAGCAAUUGAAAAUGAUGAGAAUUAUCAAAUUGAAUGUUUUAAUCGUAUUGCUGUUGGAAAUGAGAUUUAAAUUCCUUUAAUUAUAUAGAAACCAACAUUUAUUGGUGUUCUAGCUACCAAUACACAUGCAAACAAUUUCAAUAUUGGUAAUUAUUGAUAUAAUUGGAAAAGAUUUACUUGAUGGAAAUCUAAUUGUUAAUAAUGAUGGAUAAUUAAAUAUGUGUAUAAUUAUCACAAAUGAUGAACAACCUAUAGAUUUGAUUGGUUAUUAAAACUAUCAAGAAUAAGAAACUGCUGAAUUUCAUCCAUUUAAAAAAUAGAAUGCCAUGUAACUUAUUAAAUAUUAAUUCAGCUUAGGAGCUUAGUAUAAGCACAACAAUCCCUUGAAAUCACACAUCUAGAUUAGCAUAACUCUUUUGAAAUUUGGCAUCAUCAAUCUAUUGAAUUAGUUAAGGAUUCCUCAAUUGAAGUAUAUCCAACUCAUAGAUCUUUGGAAAUUGUGAGUGAAGAUUAACCUAAUCAAUAAUCAUAAUUUAAAUAAGAAGAAUCUUUAGAAAUAUUUAAAUUAGAUAAUAAAGACUAACAAUCAAUAUCUGAUUAAAAAUUAAUUGUUGAAGACAUCCAUCUAGACAAUCUUAAUGAUAAUCCUUAAUCUAAUAAUAAUCAAAUAGAAAAUAUUAAAUUAGAUGAUGAAUCAAUGGUUACUUAACAGUAAACAACUGUAGCUGUAUCCAAUUAAUCAGAAGAUAUUAAAUUAGAUCUUGAAUCUACAUAAGAAAAUGAAUAAUCUGAGACUAUUACAUUUGAUGAUUAAUAAUAAUAAGUUGAAUAAUCAUAAUAAUAAUAAAAGCUUGAAGAUGUAAAAUUAGAACCUGAAAAUACUAUAAAUAAUUAAGAUUCAUAAUAAAUUAAUUUGACUAAUGAAGAAGAUGUUCAAAUUCUACAACCUGAAAAAGAUACAAUAAUAAACUCAUAAGAAUAAUAAAAUACUACUAUUAUUCAAUAAACUGAUAAAGUAUAAAUAGAUCAAUCAAAUUAAGAUGGCAAUGUUUAAAAUUUACAAUCUGAUGUUACAACAAAUAAUAAUGAUUAAGUACUCUAAUAAGAAGAUGUAAUCUUUGAUAAUUAAGAUACUUUAAAGGAGGAAUCAAAAUAAGAGAUUUAAAUUGAAGAUAUUAAAUUAGAUAAUACUGAUAUAUCUUCAAUUAAUGUUAAUGAUAUUCCACAAUAAUAAUAAGCCAAAGAAAUUAAAAAUGAUUAAUUAUCUGUCUAAUCUGAUGUGAAACCAAUUGAAUAGACUACUAUUACUGAAGAUGUUGUUAUUCAUGCAGAUGAAGUCAAAAUAGAAAAUGUGAAGAUUUCUGAAUCAAAUUUGGAUGAUAUAAGUACAGAAUAAUAAGUUUAAGAGAAUAAUACAGAAUAAAAGAUAUAAGAAGAUAAUAAUGAUUAAGUUUAAGAAGCUAUUCAAGAGAAUAAAUAAAUCAUAGGAUAAUCUGAUGAUGUUUCUGUUGAUCCAGAUGCUUUCUCAGAACCAUAGUAAAGAGUAACUUAAAUUAAAAAUGAUGAUGAUUUACAGAAAUAAGAAUCAGACAUCGAUGAUAUGAUUAAGGUUGCAUAGGAAUUAAAAGAAGAAGCUUAACAAUUAAAAAAUAAAAAUAGAAGUGAAUAAUAAUAAGAAAAAUUAGAUAAGGAAGUAAGUUAACUUGAAGAUGAAAUACAAGUACCUAAAGUUGUAGAAGAUUAAAUAAGUUUGGAUGUUAAUUCUGCUUAUGAGGAUUAAAAAGAAAUAUAAAUUGAAUAACCUAAAGAAGAAUAACAACCACCAAUCAUAUAUUUAAAUGAUAGUGGAGUAAAUCCUGAAUAAUAAUUAAUAACAUAAGAGAUCAAAGAUGAUGAUAAAUUAAUGAUCACUCAAAACUAAUUAUAAGAAGAAGUUGAUAAAGAAUUAUAAACAUAAGAACAAUAAGUUGAUAAAUAAGUUGAAAGCACAUCAUAAAUUGGAGAAGAAGAUAUCUAAAUUGUUGAUGCUUCUAUUAAAUUAGAUGAAGAUCAUUAAGAAAUGGAAAUAUUUGAAUCUGGUCAAGUUGAACUCAUUCCUGAUUAAGUUUAACAUUAAGUUGAUGAAGUCUAAUAAAUUGAAUAAUCUUAAGUUGAUGUAGAACCAUAAGAGGAUUAUGUAUAAGAAUAAGAAACAAAAAAAGAAGAAGGUGCUAUAGAAAUUGGGUUGACAAAAGAUGAAGGAGAAGCAUUUAUUAGAAAAUCUAAGAAGUCUGAUUUCUUAAGAGAGAAACAAAAUUUAAAGGAUAAAUUAAGUAAUGUAGUUAGAGAUUUUAAUUUGGAUUCUGUUUAAGAUAAUUCUUUAGAUUCUGUAGUUGAAGAUGAUAAAUAAUAUUCUUUAAUUAUUGAUAGAUUAGAUGUACCAGAAAAUAAUGAAUAAGUUAUUGUUUUGAAAGAUGAGGAUUAUGAAUAAAAUGAAAAUGAACCAGAAUCUAAAUAAGAAGUCAAAUAACUUGGUGAUUAUUUGGAAGCAGUAGAUUAAAAUAUUGAAAAUGUUAAUUUUAUCUAUGAUGAUGAAUAAAAAUAGGAAUAAUAAACAGUUUAAAUUGAGGAUGUAAAAUUAAAUGAUGAUAUUAAUACAGAUGAAGAAACUAAUUAUUAAGUUGUUGAAGCUAAAGAUGAUGAACUUGUUGAUACUACAUUAGAAUCUAUAGAUGAUUAAUAAUAAUAUUAAUUAUUAUCAUCUGAUGUUGCUGUUUCUGUUGAAGAUACAUCUACUUCAAAUGUAGAAAAUUAGAUUGAAGAUGAAAUUAUAUCUUUUGAUGAAUUCCAAAAAGAACUUGAAGUCUUAGCUAAUACUAUUGGUAAUAUUAAAUAAGAAAAUAUUGAAAAUCAAUAAUCUAGUGAUUUUAUUAUUGUUAAUGACAAUAGUUAGAUAUAUGAAGUCCCUUAUGAUGUAUAAAGUAAUGAAUUACCACUUGAAGAUGAACCUUAAAUUCAAGAAGAUUAAAAAGAAUAUUAUUAAGGAUUUGAAGAUGAUCAAAAUACUUAAAUUGAGUAACAAACAAAUUAAGAAUAAUAAUAAACAUAAGAAGUUGAAUAAACAUUUGAUAUUCCAGAAUAAGAUGUUGAAGAUUAAUCAUUUUAAAAUGAAUAAGAAUAAUUAGAAGAUCAAACUUAAUAAGUAGAAAGUUAUGAUGAUGCUGAACCUCAAGAUUAAUAUUUAACUAUUGAUAAUCUUGUUAAGGAUAAUUCAUCUCUUGGCUAAUCUUAUGAAUAGGCACCAUAAUAUUAUGAUGAAUCCAAUAAUGAAUAACCAGAAUAAUAUACUUAGGAUUAAGUUGAAAGCACUUUAGAAUCUGAUUAUGAUAUUUCUGAAUAAUAAUAAUAAUAAAAUUAAGAGAUAUAAGAGUAAUAUUAGAAUGAUUAAUAAGAAUAAGAUUUUAUUGUUAUGAAGGCAGAUUAAUUUAUGCCAUAAUUUUAAGAUGAAUCUUAGUAAUAAGAGUAAUUAUCUGAUAACUAAAAAGAACAAGACAUAUAUUCAGAAACUCCUAAGGAUGAAAAUGAAAUAGAUAUUAUAGUAGAUGUAGGAAAUUUAUAAAAUGAUUAACCUUAAUUAAAUGAAUAAGAUUAUGAUUUUGGAGACAAUUUUGAAAAAUAAUAAACAACACAAAAUUAAGUUUAAGAAUCAUCAUAGAAAUAAUAACCUUAAUAAUAAUAAGAACAACCUUAAUAAUAAUUAUAAUCAGGUUCUAUAUCUAAUAAGAAACAUAAAUAAAAAAUUUAACAUUCUAUUACUAUUUCUCAUAAUCCUUAAUAAGGUAAUUUAAAAUAGGCUGACAGAUCUAUUGAAAUAUAGCAUGAAGAUUAAUCUCUAAAAAUUGAACAUUAAGUCAGCUAAGAAGAAUUAAAGAAAGAUUUAAAGGAAUAAUUAAAAUAAGAACUUAAAGAAGAAUUAAAAUAGGAAAUAAAGUAAGAAAUCUAAGAAUCCCAUAAUCGAAGAAAAUCUUCAAGUCUUGUGAUUGAAGAUAAUGUGAAUAAAGAUCCAGAACGACCUGCUUAGAAAGCCAUAAAUAAUUUUAAUAAUUUAUUGAAUGAUGUUGUAGGUGAGACAUUAAAAGAAGAAGAUAGAAAACAUUAUUAAAAAUUACCUAUAGUUGAUGUUAAGAGAGAUACUUUUAAUAAAGUAGAACCAAAGAUUGAAUAAGGAAUUGAAGACUUAAAAAAAGCAUUAGGAUUAAAAGGAGGAGUAGAAGUUGUUGAUAAUAAUGGUAAGAAAUAAGUUAUUAAUGUUGAUGAUCUUAAAAAAGAAAGUGAGAAAUUUUAGACUCGCCCAGAAAGAGAUAAUAAAAAGGAUAGUCCUUAAUAUGAAGAAUAUUUGAAAAAAGUUACUGAGAAAUCUCAAAAAAAUAAUAAUGAUGAACUAAAUAAUUAUUAAGAGUAACAUAAUAUUAGAAAAUAAGAAAUUUUAGAGAAUAUAAAGAGGGAAUUAGAAAUAAAGAAAGGUCACUUUACAUUACCAAAUGAUUCUCCUCAAGGUACUUUUAUUAAUGUAUGAUUUAAAAGAAUUAUCACCUUAUGAAUUUGAGAGAGUUUAUAUGGAUUGGGAAAAGAAUAAAUAAGAUAUUAUUCCAAGUAUGCUUUAACAUUCAAUUGAAUAACCUAGUAUUUAAGAUAUUAAUUCAAAUUCUGAUUAAGUAAAAAAAAGUAGUAGUUUAAAUAUUUAGAGAAGCGAUUUAAAUAUUUAAAAAAAUGAUUAUUAAAUUAAUAAUUUCUAAGAGAAUAUUUCAACGCCAAAUAUAUAAUAGAAAUCCACAGAAAGAAUCUCAAGAAAAGAAGAAGUAGAUAAAGAAGUUUAAGAAUUACUUUAUGGAAACUAAAAGAAUAAGAAAUAAUAAUAAUUAAAAUAAUCUUAAAAAGGUAUAUUAAAUUAUUAUAAAUUUAAAGAGUUUAAAGUAGAAGAUUUGAAAUAUACAAAGGAUGAUCCACUUUUAGACUCUACUUAUAGUGGAUUUGUAUAAGUAAAAGCAAAUUUAAGAAAGAGAUCACAUUGA